AUGAGGACUGUCUUGCACUGUCGACGGUCAAAUCAAACCGUCAGUGAUGCUUCUGGGGAAGCUACUACUCUAAUCUUAAAAGCUAGAAUUUUAAAACGAAGGUCUGCUAGCGAUGGAUGGGGAUCCUCUGCUUGUGUUAGAUCUACAAAAUCGAUGUCACCGAACAAAAGGCACCACCACCACCAGGCUCCAGCAACAUCAAGGCCUCAGGCGACUUCUGGACUUCGACUGCGAUCAACGGCAUCAGCCACAACGAUUAGCAACCAGGGAGGGAUCUUUGACUACGACCAGCGAUCUGCGACUACGAUCAACGAACCCAAACUGCUAUCAGCCAUGCAACCAGUGAACCCAACGAACCCAGACUGUGAUCAGCAACUCAGGUGA